AUGCCACCACUGAAUCAAGACUCGGAUGAUGAGAUCGUUGUGAUCUUUCCGAACAACGGGAUCCUGCCAUUUGAUAACCUGCAGACUGACACGGAGCUCAAUGAGGUUUAUGGGCUGGUUCCGCCAUUUGACAUGGGCGUGAGUUAUCAGGCGAAGAUUCGGAAAUGUGGAUCAUACUCAUCUCCGUGCCCCAUCUCAGGCAAUUGGUUCGCAGGUGCAAUAAAACGGCAUCGAACGUUAGAGAUGAAGGCUUCAAGGACCGGCGUAUCCCUAGACAUAUCCCGCGCUCUGGACCUUCCCGUUGAACUUCUCCUCGAGAUCUUUGAAUUCCUUCACCCUAUCGACCUUUAUUCUGUUGUGCGCUCAUCGAAGAAACUGAGGGCCAUUCUCCUGAAUCGGCGGGCAUCGGCUGUGUGGAAGGAGGCGUUUAGGGACUCUGCUGAUGUUCUGCCGCCGUGUCCUCAGGAUGUGUCUGAACCCCAAUGGGCUUCGAUGUUGUUUGGCCCGGCGACGUGUGAUGAUUGUGGAAGGAAGGGUGCCAUGAUCGAUUUUCACCUACAAUGGCGGCUUUGUCAGUUCUGCAUGGGUCCUUCUGAAUUAUACAGGAUGCCAUACCCUUUAUUUUACCCAACUGAGUUGAAAUAUGACGAAGAGCCCAAAUAUUUGAUGCGGGAUAUCUGGAAGAUGAAUGUGAAGUUUUCCACUUUUAUCUCGGAUCUCGAAACUCCUGGGGUAGAAGAAGCGUUUGAGGAAUUUCAGCGCUUUGUAAUCGACAAAGCGAGUCGUCGCCUUGAAGUAAAAUACGCUCGUCCUUGUCAAAAUCGUUGUGUUGAUGUCAUUGUACAGGAUGCAAAGAAGGCCAACGCGUAUAUGGUGCGGAUGGCCACACAGGUUUCGGAAGAACAGGCGGAACAGAUGAAAAGAUUGAUUGCUCACCAUACUUUUGUCCUUUUACGACGCGGCCACGAUCAAGUGGAUCUAAAUUUUGCAUCAGCCGAGCUUCUUGGUCGAUAUUCGUACAGUGAAAGAUUCAAGGUCAAUUACGGUUCUUUUAAAAAACUUGCUCUUGACGUCUUAUACAUUUCCGAGGCCCACAAGGUUCGAAGGACACUUCCUCCCAUUUCGUGGUCACAUUUACCAAAUGAGGCUGUGUUCUUGGAGGAAAGUCCAUUUGCGGUUUUCAUUGCUUCGGAAUCAAACGAAAUUGGACAGCUGCCAGAAGGGUCGGUGCAAUCUGACCUGGUACCUUUCCUCAGUUCUUGGAUGCAAGCCCGAGAAAGCGAAAUCUACGCCAAUCCCUACGCUAGGAUGGCAUCACCAAAUAACACGAAUUUGGAACUCGCCGUCAAUGUUUUCGUCUGUCCCAUAUGCGAUAUUGUCGGGACGACACGCCACACUUCGGUCUUGAUCGGCUUGAAAGACCUGCGCUCUCACUUUAGAUGCCUUGAAUCACCGGACGCGCUCAACUUCAACUUUAGCUUUGAGGGACUAGCUUGCGUGCUCACAUUAGUUGGUCUUUUGGAUAUGGACCCGGCAACGGCAACUGUGGAUGAUCUAGACGCAAGGGACGCUCGGUUUUUCUGUGAGACUUGCGAAAUAUCACGGAAUGGGGGGGUCUCUGGCAAACAGGCUUUGACAUGGCGGGAAUGUAUCUCUCAUGUUAACGAUCGGAAAUUGUUGCCAGACGGGGGAGGCCAUCGCCUUGCAUCUUGGGCGCUUCUAACGACAGAGGCAACGGAAUCUAUCAGAAGACGUGAACAACCCUACCCGAAUCCCGGGGACCAUAUCUGGUGUUGUAACCACUGUCCUGAACACUACGACGACGCCACGACAAAGACAAAGGCACUCCGCCAUGCAACGGAAGAACGACAUUUGAUCCCUCCCCGAAAGCCUAUUUGUGUCGGAUACGAUCCACCAGAGAUUUAUCAAUGUGGAAAAUGCCCAGACACGAUCAACCGUCUCUGGCAGAUCGACCGUCUCAAACGUCAUUUGCUCGAUAAACAUCAACUUACGAACCCAGGUCCGAGUGACUGGAGAGUGGUGAAAAUCGUAGAGAAGGCUUUGCAAAUCCACCUUCAUUCCCUGUGCCCUCAACGACUCCACCUGGGCAAGGCCAACGAUCUCAUCGAUACUCUCAUCAUAGCUGUGAACCGCAACUGA